GUGACCAGUGAAGAAAACGCGUACCGUGAUUAAAUACGCACGGAUUUUCGAUUGUUUUUACACCACAAAACAGAAAGAUACCGCCGUCGCAGAAUGGCCAAAGAAGGAGAAGCGAUACGCGUUGAUAAGGAGCUCGAUCUGUCGAACGCGGGCCGUGGUGUGUGGCUCGUCAAGGUACCGAAGUACAUUGCCAACAAGUGGGAGAAGGCACCGGGUAAUAUCGAAGUAGGGAAGCUGAAAAUUUCCAAACAAGUCGGCCAGAAGGCGCAGGUAUCGCUCACACUUUCGGAUGCGGUCAUAAACAUAGACCCGGCGGAAGAGAUACCCCGUGACCACCGGCUGGAUGUGUCGGUCGUAACCAAACAAACGUUGGGAGUGUUCUCCCAUGCCACCACGACCACCCGGGACGAUCCGGUGCCCGAAUGCGAGAAGCAAUACAUGGAGGGACGUAUCGUUCAGAAGCUGGAAUGUCGCCCGUAUGCCGAUAACUGCUACAUGAAGAUGAAACUCGAAUCGAUCCGCAAAGCUUCCCAACCAGCCCGGCAAGUAAAGUCGCUCGAAAAGAUCGUGCACAACUACAAACCCGUCUCGGACCACAAGCACAACAUCGAGGACCGGGAACGUAAGAAGGCCGAGGGCAAGAAGAGCCGAGACGAUAAGAAUGCGGUACUGGACAUGCUGUUCCACGCCUUCGAGAAGCAUCAGUAUUACAACAUCAAGGAUCUGGUGAGAAUCACGCGGCAACCGAUCAGCUACCUGAAGGAAAUCCUCAAGGAGGUAUGCGACUACAAUAUGAAAAACCCGCACAAGAACAUGUGGGAGCUGAAGAAAGAGUAUCGGCACUACAAAGAGGACGACAAGAAGGACGACGAUGCGACAAAGGAUACGAUGUCGGAUAGUGACAGUGACUGAGAUGUGAUAUAUCCCUUUUCGCAAAAUCUCCAGAGCUCCAGUUCAUGGGGUGGGUUGCAUUGUUGCGAAACUCUUGCGAACUGAUACGUGAUGUUUAUUCAUCAUUUGUUAACAUAAAUACACAAAAAACAAAGGCUAAAAAAGAGCAUUU